GUGUCAUGUUUCAAAGUUUCUCUGAAUUUAAUGGAAUUGUUAUUGAAGGUUCAGCAUGAGAACGUGGAUCCUAGUGACGGCCAUUUUGGAAAUUAACUUGUUAGUGACAGAUGGUGAACCUGCCUCCUAUCUUGUGAAGACUAAGGAUCCCUCAGCACUAGAAGAUGUUCAGGAUCCUUCACAAGAUGCUAAUCUCUUGUAUACAAUUGAUCCAGGAGCAGAAGCUGACGAAGCUAAAGAGGCGUGUGAAGAUCCUUUAAUCAAAUUGUGUCACAUGAUUACUGUAAACAGAAAUAUUAUUGGAAAUGAUAUGAUUCUUUUACCUGGAGGAAUACAGCUACACUUUAAAGGAAACACUCCUGGCAAUGACAAGAGUUACAUAUAUGAAGGAGAUGAGGCCGAGGCUCUAUUGACCGUUGGUACCGGUGUCAGUGCAAGCAUAACUCUACAGGAUGGAAGAAAGUUCUCGAUUGAACCCUGGUUUAAGGGAAAAACUAUUCUGAAAGAAAUGGAUGUUGACAAACUCUCUCAAAUGAUGGACUAAAAUUGGCCUGAUAUAUUACACAAUAAAUUUGUAUAAGAAAA